AGAAGGAAAGAGAAGAAGAUGGCGAUUAAAGAUGUCGUCGGCCGUUUGUUCUUUUGCGCGCUACGUACAAGGACUUGUGGUAUACACCCUCCUCGUUUGUGCUAGCGUUGCCGCUUCCUCGGUUGCUUUCGUUGCUCGCUGUUGAUUCCCUUCAUAUUCCCCUUAGUCUGUUAUAUAUUUUCCAAAUAUUCGGAACCGAAGACAAAAUACACGGUAGACGUGCAGUUUCCUUUUUUUUCCUUUCUGUUUUUCAUUACUGUAGCUGGUAUGGGAGAGCACUGUGUUCCAAGCGAAACUUUGCGGUUCGCAAGGUGGGCCUCUCUGGGUAGCACCGACAGCGAAUGACCGACCGCAGCAACAAAGCACGGCACCGUAUCUCUGUCCAGUGUAUUAAAUAUAUAUGUAUGCAUGCAUGCAUAUGCUCCUCUUCCCGAUGUUGUACUGUCCGUUGCAUGUGCGCUGCAUUUUUUUGUUUUCCCUUUUACCUGUCUACUCCUUUCAUGUCACCUCUGCCCUUUUGUUUGUUCUUCCUUUCUUCUGUACUGUCUCUCGGUGCUCUCUCUCUGUCCACACACACGCCCGCACCCACACAUGCUGGAACGGAUCUUGCCACAUCCACGCAUCCAAAAAGAGACGAGGCGUCAGUGUUGCAGCACACGCUUCCCUAUCUGUGCUCUCUGCUCUGCCUCCCUUUAUGGAUUUCCUCAAUCCAAAACGACCCAACUGCGGUGAGGUACCCCGAGGAGCCUUUCGUGCCUGUGCAUAGGCGGGAAGCAACACCAUAUCAACACCACAAACGUUUUUCUUCUUUCUCUUUCUCCUUCUCUUUCUCUAGCUCAGGCCACCCCUCAGAUGUUUACCACGGAGAACACCGUGAACGAGGUGGUGCUGAAGACAGUCGCGUUCCGGCACGCAGCUGGAUUCGAUGACGCGCGCGCGUGCCUGCGUCAAAUUACGAAGCCGCACGCUAACAAGUCUGCGACUUGGUCUUCUGCGGAAGCGGCCCAAACUCCUAAUGGCCGCUCGAGCGCGCUGCUCCACACCACACCGUCCUUCACCUUUCAUGCUCCGUCACGUGGGGUAACUAUGGAGAACUUCUCCUCUUACGCGGCAGCGAAUGUAAGCAGCGGAGUUGCAGGGAAGACGGCACGGAAUGCUCAUCGCGCGGCUCGUUCUGCUUUGCGCGAUGCCCUUCAGCGACACGAAGCUGCGUUGCGAGCCUGGGCGGAUGAGCCGUUGCAGCAAACUGUCGGUCCGCAGCCCUUGCCCUUCCCGCGACCGUCUUCUCGGUCGGCAACGAACGCCGCAGCCUCGUGCUUUUCAAAGACACAAAAUGCGCCUAACAUUCGCAAGUCACCGAAUGCCUCUGCACACGCUGCUGUUGCUGCUGCUGUGACAAUUGACACGGGUGGAACACCCGCUGCAGCAGCGUCGCUCAGCCGCGUAACGCUGUCCGUUGUGCAGCCGUACUGCCGCGUGUUGGCGAAGGAUUCCAUCGCAGGCAUCGGACUGCCGCGGCAUCGUGCAGAGCAAAACACGGCAGCGACAGGAGCAAAGACUACCGCCGCUACGCAGCCCUCACAUCCGGAAGUACAAGGGGGUGUUUCUCAAGGAAUGGCAGAUACAGGCAUUGGGGAGAAGAGCGCCGAGGUGGUCGCGGCGGAGCACACAACCGAAAAUGCACGGUGCGUUGCAUCUCAUGAAACGUCCUUCGAGGCAGGCGGUGACGCUGCUCUCCAAGCAUCCGCGUCCGACACGCCGCAGGAGCUACACAACAAAGCAGAGGCCCGCAGCGUCGCGCAGGGUGCUCCUUUGGAUCCUUAUCAGUUGCCGCUGCGCAUGCGCUACAAUGCCGCGACGUCGCGCUCCGUGAGACACGACAAGGGCGAGGAGGCAGACGAGCGUCACACAUUCCUGCGAGAGCAGGCGGCGCGAUACGCGCAGUGGCUCAACCGACAGGCGGCGGUGCUGCAUCAAGUCGCGCCAGACAUGUGGGGCCGCGCGCUGCCGCUGUACGCUGCGCUGGACUGCACGCCGCAGGUGAUGGACGGCGGUCUGCCCCGUUACGCUUCGGCGGUGCGUCACUUUCAGCAUGACAGCGGCGUGGUGUACGUGUAG